AAUGAAAUUCCUGAACCUGUACAUGAACGUGCCUCUCCAUAGCCUCAUGUUUCAGUCUCAUGUUUGGUAAUUUUCAGCUGUGGUGGUUAUGCUUUGCCCGUUCUGAAUCUGGUGCCUUCCUCCGUGAAGAUGGCUGAUAUAUUUUAUUCUCGAGACGCUAUCCAACUGCUUAAAGGAAAGAAGUUGUAUAUGAUCGGAGACAGCAAUAUGCGUGCCUUGUACAAGGAUGUAAUUUGCCUCCUUAAUCACAAUCGGCUGUUAACCGAAAAGCAACUGAAAUCUAAGGCAGAAAAGCAUUUUCUUGGAGAUGUCUUGCUGCGUGGCUCACCCCUGACAAAGGGAAGGGCUUUUAAAGAAGACCGACGUUACCUGAGAAACAAUCUUCACGUCGAAUUCCACUUUGUCACUAAAUGCUUGAAUGAAGAUAUGGAGACAAUGAUGAGUGACUUUAGGGAGAAGAGAAUAACAUCCCCCGAUAUAAUAGUGAUGAACUCAACUCAUUGGGAUGUUGCGAGGUGGGGUCCCCGUGGAGUAGAACUGUUCAAAGACAACAUGGUCAAACUGAUGCACCUGUUCAAGUCAUCUCUUCCACCAUCUACGUUAGUAAUAUGGCUAACUGCUCCCCCCAUAUCUGUGAGAAUAUUAGGAGGCUAUAUGAUAAAGCAGUUAGAAUUUGCGCAGUUCACGAUGCGCUUCCAUGUGAUGGAAGCUAAUACAUUUGCCCAAGAACUGAUGAAUCAGUUUGGGUUCAACUGUUUAGAUGCCCAUUACCACCUGCAGUGGCAGGUUCACUGGCGAAACCAAGACGGGCUGCACUGGUCGAGUCGAGGCAUGAGGUUCCUGGGCAACCUGCUACUCACUCACAUAGCCCUCGCUCUCGGCGUGCCGCUGCCGGGCAACUACCACACCAGCUUGCUGAGCAAGCACAAGGCCCUGGCGAGGAGCCGCGCGGCCGCGGACGCCGCCAAGGAGACCAGCAAGGAGGCCGGCGACGAGGCCACCACGGCCGUGACGCCCCAGGCCCAGGUGCCGCGGUUAUAA